AUGCUUUUUAUUGCUAAGAAUUCUGCCACUCGUAGACUAUUUUCAAUAGUGCAUGCAUCGAGAGCCGAAAGCUCGAAGGCGGUUAAGACAACUACUUCUAAUGAGAAUGAGAAGUUUGAGGCAUUAUCAGAUGCUCAGAAAGCAUAUUUGAACCGUGUUAUUCGGGUUGAUCAAGCGGGUGAAUUGGGUGCUAAUUACAUAUAUGCUGGUCAGUACUUUGUGUUGGCGAACAAGCAUCGCCAUUUAAAACCUAUAUUACAGGAAAUGUGGGACCAAGAAAUCCAACAUCAUAAAGUAUUCAAUGAACUACAACUCAAAAGACGGGUGCGUCCAUCACUACUAACUCCGAUGUGGAAAGUUGGAGCAUUCGCCAUGGGUAGUCUCACAGCUUUGCUAUCUCCGGCAGGCGCAAUGGCGUGUACCGAAGCGGUAGAAACAGUGAUUGGUAACCAUUACAAUGCGCAGCUGCGUUGUCUGAACGACCAAUUCCAAUUUAAAAAACCAUCCGGCGUCACGGGCCAAAGCGAGGAAAUCAAGGAUUUGGCUUCUACUAUAGCCCAGUUUAGAGAUGAGGAAUUGGAACAUCUAGAUACCGCAGUGCUUCACGACUCUCAUAAAGCUGUACCAUAUAUGCUACUAACGGGAACAAUUAAAACGAUAUGCAGAGCGGCCAUCUGGACUGCUGAAAGAGUGUAA